CCCCUCCGGCGCCGAGCGCAAGGGGGCGCAGGUGCGGCAAGGCCCCGCCCAGAGCUGGCAGCCAGAGCCAAUGGGAGGCGUGGGCAGAGCGGCCCCGCCCCCAAGGGCGCUGUGGGCUCCGGCCCCAGGGGCGUGAGCGCCAUUUUGGCUGGUGCUGGGCAGCGUCGUGGGAGCGCUGGAGCAGAGGCUGUGGUGUGCGCGGGCAGCGCUGCGGUAAGAGCAGUGACCUCGUGCUCCACUAACAUGGCCUCAGAGAAGGACCUAGACAAGAGCUGGGAGGAGAAUCAGUGCCCAGAGAGUAAGAUGGAGCAGACCAAGUGCAGCCUGAAGAAUGAGGAGAAAGAUCUCAAGACAGAGAAUGAUAAUGAGGGGAAUGAUGACUGUGAUGAUGUUGAGUAUGAGGAUGAUGUUCAGGGUGAAGAUGACCAUGAUGAGGAGGAGGAAUAUGAAGAAGAGAUUGAGUUGCUCUCAGCCCCCUCUAUGCCAGUCAAGCAGCUUCCUCAGUGUCCUGAGUGUGGGCAGAGCUUCAAAGGGCACUACAGGUUGAUUGAACACCGCCGAAGCGACACGGGCGAGAAGCCCUUCAGCUGUGCUGACUGUGACAGGAGAUUCACAGAGCGCUCCAACCUCAUUAGACACCGCCGAAUCCACACGGGCGAGAAACCCUUCAGCUGUGCUGACUGUGACAGGAGAUUCACAGAGCGCUCCAACCUCAUUGUCCACCGCCGAACCCACACGGGCGAGAAGCCCUUCAGCUGUGCUGACUGUGACAAGAGAUUCAUGAGGCGCUCAACCCUCACUAGACACCGCCGAACCCACACGGGCGAGAAGCCCUUCAGCUGUGCUGACUGUGACAGGAGAUUCAUGAGGCGCUCCAGCCUCAUUGUCCACCGCCGAAGUCACACGGGCGAGAAGCCCUUCAGCUGUGCUGACUGUGACAUGAGAUUCACACAGCACUCACACCUCAUUGUCCACCGCCGAAUCCACACGGGCGAGAAGCCCUUCAGCUGUGCUGACUGCAGCAAGAGUUUCACUCACAAGUCUGCCCUCACCCAGCACGGCAGUGUGCACACCACUGAGAAGUCCUUCAGCUGUGGGGACUGUGGGAAGACCUUCAAACGCAGCUCCACUCUCACCAUCCACCGCCGCACGCACACCAGAGAGCACCUGUACCCCUGUGCAGAGUGCAGCAAGAGCUUCACCACGAGCUCACAGUUGAUCCAGCACAGACUCAUCCACAGCAGUGAGAAACCCUACAGCUGCAGGGACUGUGGCAAGACCUUCACCCGGAGCUAUCACCUCACCCAGCACCGUCGUGUCCACAGCGGUGAGAAGCCCUUCACCUGCUCUGACUGCAGCAAGAGCUUCACCUGCAGCUCUGCCCUCACCAAGCACCAUCGUGUCCACAGCAGUGAGAAGCCCUUCAGCUGCUCUGACUGCGUGUGAUGGUUUAGGCUCUUACCUGCCCCCCCCCCCCCCACUUUGUAUUUUCCCCAGCUAACUCAGAAGGGACUCCAGGAAUAUAAAUGAAGCUAUUUGUUUUACAGCAGCAAAUAUACAAGCAGCUAUUCACAAUAUAUACAGUUAUAUACAGAAAUAUACAAAGGAUAAACAAUACAGAAGCACAACUCCCCUCCCAGAAACCUGAGUCCCCAGGAGGGGCUCUCAAACCACCCCAACACCUCCCCUUGCCCUCUCAACCUUACCCCAGUUCUCAGAAAGAAGAGAGGUGCAGCCAAGAGGUUAGGGAGCAAGGUAAGUGGCAGCAAGGUUAAUGAGAUGCAGCUUCGUCAAAGCCCAGAAGCAAAGUGAGAGACAAAAUGGAGAAUGCUAUCAAAUGUUUUCUUCUUCUUCCCAGAACUCUCAGCGUGACUGUGAGAGAAGCUGACAUCACCAUUGUUUUCAUUUUUCACAGCCCAUUAUCUAGUUCUUUUACCAAAACAUUCCAGCUUGCUUCAAACUAGCACACUGCGGCAAGAGCUUCACCUGUAGCUCUGCCCUGACCCAGCACCGUCGUGUCCACAGUGGUGAGAAGCCUUCACCUGCUCUGACUGUGGCAAGAGCUUCACCCGCAGACACACUCUCACUUCCCACCACUGUACCCACACUGGCGACCAAGCCAUGCUGCAGGGCAAGCACAAAUAGUCCCAGCCCGGGUCUGUGGGGGUUAUUGCACCCUCACCCUGAGAAGGCCUUUCCAGCAGAUUGAACCAAAAUCUCCUCUUUUCCAGAUGCAUUU